AUGGAGUUCUCCUUGUACAUCAUUAGCCCCAUGGGGACCAUCAGCUCACUGCUGUGCCUCAUCUUGAGCAUCGCCACCUUCCUGCUAUGUUGUGCCAUCCAGAAUCACAACACGUAUAUCCACCUCCAUCUCUGCUUAUGUCUCUUCUUGGCAAAGCUUCUCUUCCUCACAGGUGUAGAAAAGACUGCGCACCAGACAGCCUGCAGCAUCAUUGCAGGAUUUCUGCACUGCCUAUUCCUUGCCUGCUUUUUCUGGAUGCUGGUGGAGGCUGUCAUGCUCUUCCUCAUGGUCAGGAACCUGAAGGUCCUGAAUUACUUCAGCUCUCGCAAUGCUAAGAUGUUGCAUUCUGUGCCAUUGGCUAAAGGUUCCCAGGACUGGUGGUCAUCAUCUCUGCCAGUUUGCAGCCACAGGGCUAUGGAAUGCAUAAUCGCUAUUGAGCUGUUUAAGAGUCAAAAUGUGGCCGUGGAUGGUGGACUGGUGAUGAAGAUUAUCAUAGCAGUGGGAAUGCAUGUGGGUCCAAACCUCAAGAUUAAGAUCUAA